AACGGCAGCUGUGAUGCAAUAUACGACACGCCCACAAGUGAGUCUCAGGUAGAUCGCUAGAGGCCAGCACCAGGACGAGAGCGACGCUUCUAUUUAUUUCUUUAAGGAAAAAAGCUGUGGUCGAACGGAGAGGUGGAUUCUGUCAAACGACGUCGUUAAGAUGGAGUGACUCAGCGUCUCUUUGUUAAAAAAAAUAAUUAAAAAAUAAAAAAAACCCCAGAGAUCCCGCCGCCCGGCUGCCACGGAAACAAAGUUUCAUCAUGGGCUUCCCAUGUCGUCAAGUUUCAUCAUGGGUGACGUCGACGUAGCCGCGGAUCCAGGAAGUGUUGCGAGACCCCGCCCCCCCCUCGGGGGGCUUGUGGCUGUGUAGCCGCCGCCGCUGCUGCUGCAGUUGAGUUUCUCUGUGGCUCAGACGGGACGUCCCAAGCGUGGACCAUAAGCUUUGAACCAUGUCUCCGCUAACACCUCCUGCGCUCCUCUGGGGCCUCGUGCUCCUGCUGAUGCUCAGGGACAGCGGAGCGCUCGAAGUCGGUCCGAGAGAAACGGUUCGCUUCCAAGAGGAGCACAUCAGGCAGUUCAGGGAGGAGGGGGUCCAGAACUACUCCACCAUGCUGCUGCAGGAGGACAAGGGCCUGCUGCUUGGGCUGAGGGCUGUACGCCUGACCUCAGCGACAUCUCCAGCAGAGGGCUCUCUAAAGAAUCUGCGCUGUUAUUUGCUUUGUCUGUUCUGUGUCCGUCUGAUUUUGCGCUCGUGGUUUUUACAGGUUUACUGGGAGGUCAAGAAUGCUGACAAAGUCGAAUGCACAAACAAAGGCAAACAACCUGACACGGAAUGCCAGAAUUACAUCCGGGUGCUGCAGGAGGCGAGGGACGGCCGGGUGUACGUGUGCGGCACCAACGCCUACAGCCCCAGCUGCGCCUACAUGAGUUCUGAAGACGGGCAGCUGAAGCUGGACCUGGCCAAGGAGGACGGGAAGGGGAAGUGCCCGUUCGACCCCCUCCAGAGGUACUCCUCCGUCAUGGUCGGUACGUUUCACCUUCAUUUAAUAUUUCGUUUUUUUUGUAAUUCGUUUAUUUUUUUUUACAUCAGUUUAUUGGGGGUGGGGUGCGUUGCCGUGGUUCCAGAGCCCAGCUUCGUCUCCAUGUACCACGUCCCGGAGAGCGUGGGCAGCGCCGACGGGGACGACGACAAGGUGUACCUGUUCUUCAGCGAGAGCGCCGUGGAGUUCGACUCCUACAGCAAGCUGACGGUGUCCCGCGUGGCGCGGGUCUGCAAGGGCGACGUCGGCGGCCUGCGGACCCUGCAGAAGAAGUGGACCUCGUUUCUGAAGGCCCGGCUGGACUGCCCCGUCCUGGACUCCCGGCUGCCCCACGUGGUCCAGGACGUCUUCCUGCUGAGGCACGAAAACUGGCGGGACAGCGUCUUCUACGCCGUCUUCACCCCGCAGGAGGGUCCUGUGGGCCAUUCCGCAGUGUGCGCCUACAGCGUGUUCGAAAUCGGGGACGUCUUCUCCCACGGGAAGUUCAAGACGCCGGUCACCGUGGCGACCUCCUUCGUCAAGUGGGUCAUGUACAGCGAGGACCUGCCCGAGCCCAGGCCCGGAGCGUGCAUCGACGACGCGGCGAGGGCCCUCGGCGUGAAGCGCUCGCUGGACCUGCCGGACAAGACGCUGCGCUUCGUUCAGGACCAGCCGCUGAUGGACCAGGCGGUCGAGCCCCUGGGCGGCGGCCCGCAGCUGGUGGAGAGGGGGGCCAAGUUCACCCGCAUCGUGGUGGACCGCGUGGAGGCGCUGGACGGGAGGACCUACAACGUCAUGUUCAUCGGGACGGAGAACGGAUUUCUGCACAAAGCUGUGAACUAUGGCGGAGAGAUGGUCGUCAUCGAGGAGGUGCAGCUCUUCCAGGCUCCAGAACCAAUCAAGAUCCUCCGUCUCUCCUCCGGCAAGGCGUCUCCGCAGGGUCUGCUGUACGCGGGGGCAGAUUCGGGGGUGGUGCAGAUGCCACUCAGUGAGUGCGGGCGCCACGCCUCCUGCCUGGACUGCGUACUGUCCCGGGACCCGUACUGCGCCUGGGACCCCCCCUCGUCCCGCUGCGUGGCCCUGUCCGGCCUGGGCUCGCCCCGGAGCGGAGACCUCAUCCAGAACGUGGCAGACGGUGACGCGUCUCUCUGUCCGAAUUCUGCUCCAGACCCGGUGAGGGCGAACGUGUCGCUGGUCCCGGGGAGCAACAUCAACCUGCCGUGCCGGCCCCGGUCCAACCGGGCGCGGGUGCGCUGGCACCUGUCCGGCCGGCCGCUGCCCCCCUCCCCCAGGUACUCCGCCCACGGGGAGGGGCUGAUGGUCCUGGAGGCCACGCCCGCCGACGCCGGCACCUACACCUGCCUGUCCGAGGAGAGGGUCAAAGGUCGGCAGUACAACCGGACGGAGGCAGAGUACCGGCUGGCCCCGGGGGCCGGGGGGGAGACCACGCCCCGCGUGGAGGCGCAGGUGCAGGGGGGCUCGCUGGUACCCCUGCAGGUUUCGGUCGCCGUGCUCGCCCUCCUCCUGGCGGGCCUGUUGGUGUGGAACCUGCGCCAGGGCCACCUGCCCCUUCCGUGUGGGACGGGCGGAGGGGGCGACCAGGGGCCCGCCCCCGCCCCCGCCCCCGCCCCCGCCCCCGACCCAGCGAGGAACUGCGUGGAGGAGAAGCCGCUGAUGUCCGUGACGAACUACAACGCCCACAACAACCGGCUGACCCUCGCCGCCAGCAACGGGGAGGGCACGCCCUCGCCCAAGGUCGCCGUGGAUACCUUCCAGUACAUCGACGACGAGUCGGAGAUCUGACCGCGCGGGACGCAGCGGGACUGGGGCGGCGUGCGCGUGCACGUGACCCUCGGACGUGGGAGUGUGGUCUUCAUCCCACUUCCACCACAGAUGCCACAUUUCUAAAAAAAAAAAAAAAAAACGAUAUUGUAAUAAUAAAU